AUGGAAUUGUCAAAAUCGCCAAUUAACAUCGCUAUCGAUAAUAUGAAUAAUCAACCAACCAUCACUGACAAUGACUCUGUUGUACUAAUUGAUAUAGAAGAAUCUGAAGUUAACGUAAACACUAAUAUGAAUAAUUUACCAUCUGCGACAGACAAAGAGAAACAAUAUAAUACCCGAGGGUCAGUUGUUAAUGACUCUCUUAUGAAAUAUAGAUAUCCCAAUAAACCAGUCGUCCAAGACUCCCUGACCUCAUUCGACCAUCUCCUAAAAGAAAAGGCCGCCUUAAACGCCAACAUGCAUCGUCAUAAGAGGAAUCAAGUGCAUAGUUCUCGAACUAACAGAACGCAUUUCUCGAAACCUAAUUACCGGCGCAAUCAGUUUUACGAUGCUAAACAUCAAUAUCGUCAAGCAAAUUUUCCCUCAAAGAUUUUUCGAAGCGGUCGCUAUCGGAGGAUUCCGAAACCAAGAACAACAGCAGACAAUACAGAUACAAGAGCAAGUCAAAUCAACCCGGCAUACAAAGUGAAUCCUUUCCAAUCAAAGUCAGAGUUGCAGCUUGGAGAAACGGAGUCCUGGGAAGCUUAG